UUCGACAGCGAAGCUCUCUGACCAUAAAACAGAGGGAUAGCAAAUUGCCGUAUAUGAAGUUUUAUUCUACCGCUGUCAUUUGCGAAAAGUUUUACGCAAUUUUCGUUUCCACCGCUUCUUCGCUAACACUUACCAACGUUUACGCAUUUCAGCGGACACGUUCUUGCGAUUUUAUUUUCUCGUUUUCGAUGUACAUCUCUGGAUUUGAGGUUAUACUGUCAGCCGCAAUCUGAAACGAGUGUAUCUUCAUAGGGAGCUAUCGUCUCACUUUGAUCUCUUAGGUAUGGUAGAAGAUAAAAAAUACCAGAUCGCAAGCCGCAUCGAGUGUGACGGAUACCGGGGUACAUUGAAAUACGUCGGACCUGUAGGAGAUACGAAGGGUCAGUGGCUAGGCAUAGAUUGGGACGAUUCGACUCGUGGCAAGCACAAUGGCACAUACGAAGGAGUAGAAUACUUUCAAGCUAGACAUUCCACGUCAGGCUCCUUCAUACGACCAGCUAAAGCUAAGUUUGGGAUAUCUUGUCCUCAAGCUAUCGCAAUGCGCUAUGGGCUAAUCGAUGAUGAAUUAGCAGGCAUAGACAGGGAGGAAGUGUCAAGUUUGAGAAAGGAAAUCAAUGCACCAUUCUUAGAAUUGGUUGGUUUCUCCAAAGUGAACAAGAAGCAAAGCAAAUUUGAUCAGUUGAAGAUAGUAUGGCUGAGGGAACAGUGCGUAAGCAAUGCUGGAGAACCAGGGGAACUGAAAGAGUUGUGCCCAAAUUUGGAGGAACUGGAUAUAUCUAGAAAUUUAAUUAACUCGUGGAAAACUAUAGCGGAUAUAUGCUUUCAGCUUCAUUCUCUCGCUCGUCUUGAUGUUAGUGAGAACCAUCUGCCUGUUAAGGAGGAUAUGGUAGCAUUGAAAAACUCAUUUCCGACAGUUAAACACUUGACAAUAGCUAGAAUGAAUUACACCUGGCCUGAUAUCCAACAAUGCAUGUCUAUGUUUCCAUCAGUCGAGGAACUAUCAAUUUCUUUUAAUAUUGUAACGACCGUAGAAGACAUCCCAUCGAGUACCGAUUUAAUGAAAAUAGUUACUUUAAUACUCGAAGGGAAUUUAAUAUCAAGUUGGGAUGAGAUACUUAAAUUCGGUUCUCUUCCAUGCUUAAAAUACCUUAAUCUCAACUCGAAUAAGAUAGAUAGAAUCAGGUUUCCAUCUUCAACAUCGACAGAUAAGAUUGCGUUUUUCCCUGCUUUGCAGCAACUGCAUAUCUCUGAAAAUCACAUAUCGAAGUGGCAGUCAAUUAGUGAACUCGAUAAGCUGCCAAAUCUAGAGGAUCUAAAAUUCCGGGAAAAUCCCAUUUUAAAAGAUGAAGUUUCCGAGACCGCUAGACAGUUGAUAAUUGCGAGAAUAGCGAGAUUAAAGUUUCUUAAUGGUACAGAGAUACUUUACGAUGAAAGGAGAGGUGCUGAGUAUGAUUACUUAAAAUUGUAUCUACCGAAAUGGCAAGAGACCGAAAGUAACGCAGAAAAGAGGACGCUGUUUUUAAACGAACAUCCUCGAUAUCCGAUCUUAGUAAACAAAUAUGGAAUCGCGGACAUUCCCUCGACUAAACCGAAAGUAGAAAUGGUUUCGAAUGUGAUAACGGUAGAAUUUCUAUGUCCGGACGAUCCGCGUCAGCCCAGAGGAAUCAAGAGGAAGUUGCUUAAAGAUAUGGAGGUCCAGAAAAUGAUCGGGCUGGCUCAAAGACUCUUUAAAACCGGCGGCAAAAUACCUGCUCUUUCGUUCGUUCCACGAAAUUUAUCGAACGACGAAAUUUCGUUGGACAAACCGCUGCAAGAACUUAGUUACUAUUCAAUACAGGACGGCGAUCAGGUUCUCGUGAGGUGGUGAUAUUAAAUGAAUUAUUUAUAGAUACGACUGUAUUUUCUACGCUGUUAAAAUCUACGAUACGAAUUUGUUAUUAAAUCUUUUUUAAUUGCA